AUGGGGAUGGGCACGGGGCACUGGCCUGGUCACUGGGGCUCGCCGGCGGGCUGCCGGUGGCCGGGCGGCGAGGGCGCCGGUGCUCGGUCGCGGGAGGUGCUGCGGGAGCAGCUCGAGGAGACGAACGGGAGGAGGGAGUGGGCGCUCGGCGGCGGCACGGGCUCGUCCGGGCCCAGAUCGGCUCGGGCGGGCCGCGGAUGGGCUCUAGAGGGCCGCCGCGGCGGGAGCUGGUUGGGGCGACGUGGCAGCGCACGAUUCGUCGGGGGCGGCGGGCGGACACGUCCGAGACAUCAUUGCGAGCCACUCGGACUUGGAGAUGCGAUCGACGAUCUAACAAGUUGGCCUCCGCCAGCAGAAAGUGGCAAAACGAGAAGCCUGCUGGCCAUUGCUGCUGGGAUCAAGCAGAAGGAGGUUGUGGAUACGAUCGCCACCAAGUUCUUCUCCGACGGUUUCAGCAUAAUGAUCUUCCACUACGACGGCGUGGUGGUGCACGUCUCGGCGGUCAACCAGACGAAAUGGUGGUUCGCCAAGCGGUUCCUGCACCCGGACAUCGUCCACGAGUACGACUACAUCUUCGUCUGGGACGAAGACCUUGGAGUGCAGCAUUUUCAUCCUGCCAGAUAUGUGGCGAUAGUUGAAAAGGAAGGGCUUCAGAUAUCGCAGCCUGCUCUAGACGCUACCAAUUCCAAGGUUCAUCACUGGAUCACUGCGCGUGCGCGGAAAGGGGGCUUCCAUAGAAGGAUUUACAAGCAAAAGGGAGCCACCAGGUGCUAUGAAAACAGUACGGCGCCUCCAUGCACUGGAUUUGUUGAAAUGAUGGCUCCCGUGUUCUCAAGAGCAGCAUGGCAUUGUGUGUGGCAUAUGAUCCAGAACGAUCUGAUUCAUGCAUGGGGCUUGGACUUCAAAUUCGGCUACUGCGCUCAGGGGGAUCGGAGCAAGAACGUUGGAGUAGUCGACAGCGAGUACCUCCUUCAUUUGGGCAUCCCCACACUCGGCUCCUCUUCUUCUCCUCCUUCUAAAGACAACAAGAGUAGCUCCGAUGCAGCACCAGGAGAUGAAUCGGAGGCGCCUAUAGAAUCAAUGAUGGCGCCUCUCCUGAAGCAUCGCCCAGCUUCGGUGACAGAUCAUUGAUUAGGCAUCGGGCUCAAGAGGAACAGGUCCGUUUUCAAGAAAGAUGGAAGUAUGCUACUCAAUCUGAUGCAUGUUGGGUUGAUCCAUAUGUUAACUAAACAAACAUGUUAAAGGGUACCCACUUCUAGGGGUGGAUUAACGAGCAGCUCGGCUCGAAGCUCGUACUCGUUAAGCCCGUGCUCGUUAAGAUUAACAAGCAGAAAACUCUGCUCGGCUCAGCUCGUUUGAAGCUCGUUAAGCUCAUGAGCGCUCGUUAAGAGAUUAUAAUGUGUUACGAUAUACAUGAUGAAUGUAUAUGUAUGAUUUUCAAGAUGAAAUAUGGUGACUAUAAAAAGAAAUAUAGUAGUUUGUUGCAUCA